AUUCGCGUGAAACAACAAUAUCGUAUACACCUGUUUCACUCCCACGCACGCUCUUUUGCGAUAAUAUAAGCCUUCUGAAGGCAAAAACGAGAGAGCACAUACAACUACUGGAUGUAAACAAAGCAAAAAAUACAAUUGUCAAAUCUAUUUUCACAAACGUCAAAUCGACGCAUCAUUACUCAUCGCUGUGAAGGCUAUUAUUGGCUUUAAUUUGGUGUUGUGUGCGCUGUUUGUGUCGGAUUUGCGUAUUGACGAGGAGGACGACGAACGGAACCAACAAUGGCCGCGAAUUUUCCACCCGUACCACCCGUGUUAAAGCCCAUUCAACACUAUCUAAAGACGGCUCAGGAGCAUGAUAGCCGUGAUCCGAUCGUAGCCUAUUGGUGCCGUCUGUAUGGGCUACAGCUUGGCCUUAAGGUGUCCAACCAGGGUAUGGAGGAACGAAAACUUUUGCUGGCGUUAAUGGAUUGGCUGGAAUCGACCAAGGCACAGAUGUCGGAGAACGAAUCCAUCACGAACGAUGUGGCCGCUCAGGCUUACCUGGAAAACUACGCCCUCAAGUUGUUCCUGUACGCCGACAAGCAGGACCGUGCGAGCAACUUCGGUAAAAAUGUUGUCAAAGCGUUUUACACUGCCGGUAUGAUCUACGAUGUUUGUCAGAUAUUUGGUGAGCUGACGGAAGAAGUAACACAAAACCGAAAGUAUGCCAAAUGGAAGGCAUCCUACAUUCACAACUGCUUGAAGAAUGGCGAAACACCUGUCGCGGGCCCUUUGCCUACCGACGAUGACAAAGAUUUCGACCAAGAUCCCUUUCUACCGAACGCGGAUCCCCAACCAGGACCAAGCAAUACUCCGGCCGCACCGCUACCUCCGGUGUCACCGCAGCCACCACCAGCAGGCCCAACAAACUUUACCACUACAGACCCUUUCAGCAACGUCAAGGCACCCACGCCUCCGAGUGAACCGGAAAAACCACCGGGAGGAUUCCAACCGUACACCGGUGGACCGGUAGCAGGUAUGGCCGGCAUACCUGUGGAAACGAAUCGAAUGGUAACACCAGCGGGCGUGCAACUGCGACCGGAGCAAAUCACCAAAGCGCAGAAGUACUGCCGAUGGGCGGAAAGUGCACUCAACUACGAAGAUUUGAAUACGUCUAUCGAAAAUCUCCAGAAGGCACUUCGGCUGCUGCAAACCGGACAGGACGGCUAGGCCAGCGGAAGCCCUGUUCUUUCUUUUGUUGUUUAAUCGCUUAUUCUAACCGCUUGUAUCUAUUUUGUACUCAGAGAAAUAAUCAACAUUUUGCUUAAUAAAGGAAAACGCACGUACCUGUCGAGGGGUAUUAUGAAGAGA